AUGGCGUUGUAUCUUCUACUGCUGAUGCUCACAGCCUGUGCUGCCACUCCUCAAGAUCUCUCCGGUCAAAUGUUUACCUUCCCGCAAGAAACUAACUCGGCUCAUGUGAGGCUGACAACAUCAAGACAGGUUCUGAGUGCUGUAACCGUCUGUUUCAGGUCCUUUUCAGAUCUCCGUAGUAGAGACAUCACCCUUUUCUCUUUGUCCACACCUUCUGCUGCCAAUGAUUUUGCGAUUUUUAAGCUAGCUGCAACUGAUGUGUUUGAAAUGUGGAUCAGGAAUACACUAAUGAACUUCAUAAUGCAGGACUACAAACUGAAUACGUGGCACUCAAUUUGUUCCACCUGGGACUCUGGAUCUGGACUGUUUCAGAUGUGGUUAGACGGACAGCCCUCAUCUAGGAGAUUCAUGAGCGCUGGAUCCAACAUCAGUGGGCCCAUUAUAAUUGUUUUAGGCCAGGACCAGGAUUCCCAUGGUGGAGGGUUUGACAUUGCUCAGUCUUUUGUUGGCAUGAUGUCUGAUGUCCACAUGUGGGACCACGUCCUCUCCCCCUGUGAGAUCCAGAACUACGUGCAUCAUCUAAACUUCCCCCCAGGGAACGUGCUCAACUGGAACGAGCUGGAGUUCCAGAUCAUCGGAAGAGUGCUGACAGAAGACAAACAAAAGAUCGAGACCUGCUAUUAA